UCGCCACAGUCGAAUAAAGAAGGAACUUAUCACUAGGCUCUGCUCUAGGGGGUGAUGUAAUUUUCAGAAGAAUUGGUAAGGAUAGUUUCGACUUUAGCCAUAACACGUGCGGGAUGAUAACUAGUAAAAAUCCAUCACUCAGCCACACAAACAAAUGCCAACAACGCUCCUCCGCCGACCCCUCACUCCCUCUCUCUCCCUCGUCUCCUCCUUCAUCCUCCGUCGCUCAAUGGCUUCGAAACCCAUCUCCACCGAUCCAAUCACCCCAUCAAACACCCGAAUCGGUUGGAUCGGAACGGGCGUCAUGGGCCGGUCAAUGUGCGGACACCUAAUAAAAGCCGGAUACUCGGUCACAGUCUUCAACCGCACAAUCUCCAAAGCCGAGACUCUUCUCUCCAUGGGCGCGAAGCUUGCCGACUCCCCAAACUCCCUCGCUUCCCAAUCCGACGUCGUCUUCUCCAUCGUCGGUUACCCUUCAGAUGUCCGCCACGUCAUCCUCGAUCCACACUCCGGCGCUCUCUCCGGUCUCUCCCCAGGCGGCAUCCUCGUCGACAUGACAACCUCCGAGCCUUCUCUCGCCGAGGAGAUAUCCAAAGCAGCCUCCUCCGUUAACUGCUUCUCCGUCGACGCUCCUGUCUCCGGCGGAGAUCUCGGCGCUAAAAACGGGAAGCUUUCGAUAUUCGCCGGAGGAGAUGAAGCCACCGUGAGACGUCUCGACCCGUUGUUUUCGUUGAUGGGCAAAGUCAACUUCAUGGGAGGAAGCGGCAAAGGGCAGUUCGCGAAGCUGGCGAAUCAGAUCACCAUCGCGUCGACCAUGUUAGGGCUCGUGGAAGGGAUUAUCUACGCUCAUAAGGCCGGGCUCGAUGUUAGGAAGUUUCUAGAAGCCAUAGCCACGGGAGCUGCGGGUUCCAAGUCGAUUGAUUUGUACGGAGAGAGGAUUCUCAAGAGGGACUUUGACCCUGGGUUCUAUGUGAACCAUUUCGUUAAGGACUUGGGGAUUUGUCUGAAGGAGUGUGAGAGGAUGGGGUUGGCUUUGCCUGGGUUAGCUCUUGCGCAGCAGCUUUACUUGUCUCUCAAGGCACAUGGUGAAGGUGGUCUUGGAACUCAAGCUCUUAUCUUGGCUCUUGAGCGCCUCAACAAUGUCUCUGUUCAACCACUUGUCACUUGAUUGUCCUUGUGUAAUGUUUGUUUUAUGUUUAUCUUGAGAAAAGCUUCCAACUGUUGUUGUGUAUUGUUGCUAAAACACGAACUUUCGCUGGAGUCGUGAAUGCGUAUUGUUGGAUACAUACAAGUGUAUUGUUGGUUGGUUGGUUGGUUGCACAGGCCAUGUAACAACGGAAAAACAUAGAAACCCUAGGUAGAAUGGGUCUCAAAGUGCAUUUAUCCCAAUUUGAGGUGAAUUACAAGUUUGUAGUUUAAGUUCCGAGUCAGCCUCGUUACAAUCCUAAAUGCGUUCUUAUGUUUGUGAAAGUUGAUUCAUGGAUGAG